CGCGCAGGAUCAGUCGAUAACGGGGUGCCACCCUCGCACCUUCGAACAAAACACCCCGCGCCGCGUACAAUGACCCAAAACGUGUUUUCCGCACAAAUUCAUCAAAAACCACAUAAAUAUUUCCUGAAAUAACAAACAUGUAACAUAUUUACCUUCAAAAAUAACGAAAUAGAAAGCAAUAUGUAGUAAAUAGUCUUUUAAAGUGUUAAAUUAAUACCGUCACAAUGAAACAACGUGCGUUUACGUUGGGGGUGACAACCGGAGUGACCAAAAUAGAAACUAAACAUAGUUUAAAAUAUCCUUCGUCCUGGCCGCAGUAUAUUCUAGUAGGAAGCUUCGCUGCUGCUUGUUACAUGAAUGGUCUUGGUGGAGAAUUUGUUCAUGAUGAUGUGCCCGCUGUUGUCCUUAAUAAGGACGUGGUUGCUUCGUCCAGGAGAAUGCUGGCUGCGUUUGGGGAUGAUUUUUGGGGUACGCCGAUGAUGGAUUCGAGGAGUCAUAAAUCAUAUCGUCCUUUGACAACGUUAACAUUUAGAGCUAAUUAUUUAAUGGUUGGAUUAGAACCAUUUUGGUUUCAUGGUACAAAUGUAUUCCUACAUGUCCUGGCUACAAUUAUGUUUACAAAAGUAUGUGUCAAAGUUGCAAGGAUGACGAGUCCAUUUGCUACAUUAGCUGGGUUAAUGUUUGCUGUUCAUCCGAUACAUACUGAAGCUGUUACUGGUAUUGUAGGACGUGCUGAUGUUCUAGCUUGUGUGUUUUUUCUGGCUUCGCUGCUUACGUAUCACGACUCAACAAAAAAGUGUCGACUUUGGACAAGUAUUAUUUUCGGAGGAUUGAGUAUCCUUGCGAAGGAAACAGGCUUAACAAUAUUUUUAGUAAAUUUAAUAUUUGACAUCUAUCAAAGAUGGCAUCUUAAAAAGACCUCGGUCGUACGAUGGACCAAAGAAAAAAGCACGUACAUAAAGAAAACAUUCAUCGUAUUCCUCACAUUUUCUGUGCUAAUUAUCUUGAGGCUAGUCCUUUUGCGUGGCUCAUUGCCAAAAUUUACCCGUGGAGACAAUCCUGCCGCGUUUCAUCCUUCAAUUCAAGUCAGAUUCUUAACUUUCUCCUACAUUGCAUCCUUUAAUUUUUGGUUAUUGUUAUGCCCCGCCCACUUAUCUCACGACUGGCAAAUGGGAUCCAUACCCUUAAUAACCUCACUUUUAGAUUUUCGCAAUCUAUUAACAGUUUUAAUUUUUGUUUUAAUCUCAACUUUAUUAUUAAGAACAACAUCAGGACCAAAAACUAAAUCUUUGAACCAGGACCCUGAAGCAAAACAUUCAGAAAAUACCACAUUAGUGUUAGGUCUUUUAAUCCUAGUAAUUCCUUUCCUGCCUGGGAGUAACCUAGUAACAACCGCAGGAUUUGUCCUUGCAGAACGUGUACUUUAUAUUCCCUCCAUGGGUUUCAUUCUGUUAGUGGUCCAAGGACUCAGAAAUAUUUGGUGUAUUUCCGGGCGCCAUCGUCAGACAUUAUUAUCCUUAAUAUUAUUUCUCCUAAUUGUCCAUGGUUUGCAAUGCGUUGCAAGAAACAAAGACUGGAAAUCAAGAGAAUCCUUACUAAGAGCAGGCGUAAGGACAUUGCCACAUAACGCUAAAAUGCACUACAACUUUGCAAACUUUCUAAGAGAUUCAGGAAGAGUGGAUCUUGCCAAAGCGCAUUAUCAUACAGCUAUCAGGUUAUGGCCUACAUAUGCUUCAGCUCAUAAUAAUCUGGGCACACUGAUUAAAAAUGGCGAUGAAGCUAAGAAACAUUUUUUGUUAGCCAUAAAGUACAAUCAAGGACAUUUGAAUGCACAUUAUAACCUAGGACAAUUGUAUAGAAAACAAAAUCGAACGUACGAAGCAGAACAAAUGCUUCAGAAGUGUAUAGUCAUAUCACCCAACUUUACACUAGGUUAUGUAGAGCUUGUGAAGUUAAAACUAAUGAACGAAUCUAAUAUUAGUGAUUUAUUAAAAAUAAUUGUCCGGCAGUCGACUGAAGCAGAGUAUGCAAUAAUGUAUGCUGAUUAUCUCAACCAAAAAGGAAACUACAUGUUGGCUUUAAAGUACUACAACAGCGCCCUCUCUGUGUGCAACUGUAAACUUGAAGCUUUCACUGGCGCUGCGACCAUUUUGAGACGUCUAGGAAUGCAAUCACGUUUAUUUCAAUUAAUUACAAGGUAA